ACGCCAUCACUUCGCGUCAAGGGUUUCUUGUUAUCAUCUUGCUGGACAUCUCGAAUAUUUGUUUGGAUAAAACAAAUGCCAACAGGACCUGCAGUGGUGAAUGAGGUCUAGAGUUAACAGAGCAGCCCUCCAUUUGGAGCCAAGAUGGGCCAGCAGCUUUCUGGCCAAGCAGUGACCCGAUUACCUGAGAAACUGAUCAAACAUGUGGGGCUGGUGCGGGACAGUGGAUAUCUCACCUAUGAUGAGUUCUUGGGUCGUGUGGCAGAGCUCAAUGAUGUAACUGCUAAACUCGCCUCUGGACAAAAGAAACAUCUAUUGUUUGAAGUGCAGCCUGGAUCUGAUUCCAGUGCUUUGUGGAAAGUUGCGGUUAGAAUAGUGUGCACCAAGAUUAACAAGGAGGAUGGAAUGGUAGAGGCAUCUCGUAUUAUGAAUUUGUACCAGUUUAUCCAGCUCUACAAAGACAUCACUAGUCAAGCAGCUGAAGUAUUUAGUUCAAAUGUGGCAGCAGAGGGAUCAUCUGAAGACACCUGCCAGGCCAGCAUGUGGAUGGGCAGGGUAAAACAGUUGACUGAUGAGGAAGAAUGCUGUAUCUGCAUGGAUGGUAAAGCAGACCUUAUUCUGCCCUGUGCGCACAGCUUCUGUCAGAAGUGUAUUGACAAGUGGAGCGGCCAGAGCCGAAACUGCCCCGUCUGCCGGAUUCAGGUGACAGCUGCCAAUGAAUCAUGGGUCAUGUCGGAUGCCCCCACAGAGGAAGAUGUAGCCGGGUACAUUCUCAAUCUUGCGGAUGAAGCUGGUCACCCACACAGACCUUAAAAAUCAAACACUGUGCCACUCUCAUACUCACCAUCUCCCCAUAAUAGACCUAUAAAUAGUUUUCAUAGAGUGACUGUGGGUAUUUGUUGCACUAUGUAUUGUCACUCACUGGAGGCAAUAACUGCUGAUCGUUUAAAUUUUAAACACUUUUAGGUUUAACGCAUCAUGUUAUAAUCGAUUCAUAGACUGUAGACGUAUUUAGGAUGACAACAUGUAGCUGUAGCACAUCAUGGCCUCGUCACACUUGCUGUUUUAUCUGGUUUGUGAAGUAAUUGCACUUAAUUGCGUUCGUUCCGUAAAGGCCUUGUAAUACCUAACAAAAAGCAUCACAGUGUCGGCACGUGCAACAGUUUAGUAGUAUUGACGCUGUAAUUAAGUAACGCUGACUGUACAGUUGAUGUGCUUUAAAUUCUAAGGUUUAACAGAAUAACUGUAGUGAUUUAUUUUGACAAAUGCGUACGUUGGACUAACUUUAAAGCGAUAGUACAUCUUUUUUCAUUUACACACCGUUCAAUUGCUCCAAAACGGUUACUUUAUUCUGUCGAACACUAGAAGAUAUUUUGAAGAAUGUUUGAAACCAGUAACCAUUGACUUUGAUAGUGUAUUUAUUUUGCAACAGAUGACAAUGGCUACCACACUUUAAAAAAUAUCCAUAAAUUAGCAGUUUUCUGAAUUUUGUGAUAAUUUUUUUUUAUUUUUCCCUGUUUAUUUAUGCUUUUGAAUUGCAUUAUGGGACAUUGAUCUUUGCUGCAAAAACUUUUAAUCUUGGAAAGUUCGAAAAAAGUGACUUUUAUUAACAUUUUUAAUAGUUUAAAGUCCUAUAUUUGUCAGGGUUGGUGUUGUAUAUUAUGGUACAAAAACCUUAAACUUAAACUGCCAGUACAUUGUUAUUUUACAUGCUAUUUUACAGACUUAUUUCCCUCUAUAUAUCAUUUCGUAUAAAUUAUAUUAUUUCAAACUACAAAAAUAUCAAUAAAAGUCACCUCAUUAAAUGGUAGAGUUGAAAUUUCAACAUCAAAAGUCGACACAACAGAGAUAAAAGUCUCAUAGGGAAAUUCACAACCGUAAAUAAACUAAAAACACUUGUGAAUCAUAAAAUACGGAUGUUUUUACAGUGCAGUUUCCAACAUUAUUCAAAAUAUAUUUCGUGUUGAACAGAGAAAAGCGGGGGUGAGUACAUUUAAAUUUUUAGGUGAACUGUCCCCUUAAAAAUAGGGCAUGAUGAAUAUUAUGAACCAUAAUUGCAACUAAUCCGCAUUUGCUUGUUUUCUUUUAAAGCUAAAUGAGUUGCAAAUGAAAUCUUUAUUUUUUUAGGGCAUCUCUGACACUUUCAGUGGAGGUUAGUUACCUUUUAGCUGUUUUCCAGUGUGAAAUCCUCUACUGUUCAUUUCAUCCUGCACUAUUUUCUGUGACGAGAGAGACUGUGAAUUUUGUUGGUUUUGGAAAUUCACUUGUAUUAUAAAAGAUAUGUAUAGACGGAUCUUUAUAAAUAAGUCUAAUUUUGUGUGGCAGUAUAUUAAGAGUUAAUCCAGUUUAUCAAGAUCGACUAAUCUAGUUUUAAACCGUUUCUGGAAUAUUCUCACAUAUUUAUAGAUGCUGGAUUGAAUGUCAAUAGUUUUAUCCAAAUGAAAAUGACACUUGUUGCUGCUUCCUUUCUCGUGGUGUUAAUUUGAUGGAGAAUUCUUUUAAUUCUUGACUGAAUUGGGAUGUUUGGUGUUCUCUGGUUUCCUCUUCCUGUGUAUAUCUCCAAUAAUAAAAUAAAUCAAGUAUUUUGUUUUA